AAACAAGACAACAAUUUGUGUUAAAAAAAAAGUAUAUCUUGACAUUGAAUAAGGCCGUUAGUGUUGCUCAAAAAAAAAGAAAAAAAAAUGAAUAAGGGCCGUUGGCAGAUAUCGAAAUCUUGUUUAUAUAUUAAACUAGCGUUCUUUGAAUCGAUCCACGCGUAGUCCAGUCAGGCUUGUCCAAACUAUAUACUUUUCUAACCUCAAACAAACAAACAAAAAAUAGAUUUCCACGCUUAACAAUUGCAUCUUGUAUAAAGAAACCCCCGGGGUUGGUGAAUCAGACAUCUAAACAUAACAAAUAUGAGUCUAGGCUGUGAUCUCACUGUUCUAGAAGAGCUAACCUCAAAUGCGAAGCAGAUACAAGACGAUGUAUUGACCAAGAUACUCAAAGCUAACGCAAACACAGAGUAUCUCCGACGUUUUCUCCAGGGGAGCUCUGAUAAAGAGCUGUUCAAGAAGAACGUACCGGUGGUGAGCUAUGAAGAUCUUAAGCCUUAUAUCGAUCGUGUUGCAAAUGGAGAACCCUCGGAUGUCAUUUCCGGUGAACCUAUUACUGCGUUUUUCCUAAGCUCUGGAACUUCGAGUGGGAAUCAAAAGAUAUUUCCUGCGAACAACAUCUUCCUUGAGAAUAUUCAAAUUUUCUAUACCCUAGGCUCACUCGUUAUGUCCAAGCAUUUCGAUGGUCUUAAGCAAGGAAAGGUGAUUAGGUUUACGUUCAUCCACCCGAUAUCCACAACUCCUUGUGGUUUGCCUCUUGCUCCUGCGGUAACAAGCUUCACAAAGAGUGAAUAUUAUAGGAGCCUGGCCAAAAAUAGUCCAAGCCCCGACCAGAUCAUACUGUGUCCGGACACCAAACAGAGUAUGUACUGUCAACUUCUCUGUGGUCUUGUCCAGAGAGAUGAGGUUGUAACCGUUGGUGCUGUGUUCGCUUCUGUCUUGGUUCAAGUUAUCCAUUUUCUUGAAAAUUACUGGAAAGAGUUCGCCAGUAACAUCAGAUGUGGCCAUGUCAGCGAGUGGAUCAACGACCUUAGCUGUCGAGACUCCGUCUCUACCAUCCUUGUUGAGCCAAAUCCUGAACUAGCUGAUCUGAUCGAAAACGAGUGCGGACAAAAAUCUUGGCAAGGUAUAGUUUCACGACUUUGGCCUAAAGCCAAAUGCAUUGAUGCUAUUGUUACAGGAACUAUGUCUCAAUACAUCCCAGCACUGGAGUUUUACUCUAAUAAUAAACUGCCUCUAGUCUCUAAAGCUUAUGCAUCGUCCGAAGCAUAUUUCGGUUUAAAUUUGGAACCUCUAUGCAAACCGCAGCAUGUGUCCUACACAUUUCUACCAAACAUGUCGUACUUCGAGUUCAUAGAUGUUGAUGACGAUGGGGGCACUGCUGGGGAGAUUGUUGAUCUUGUGAAUGUGAAGUUGGGUCACUACUACGAGCCCUUGGUCACAAACUAUUCCGGUUUACACAGAUGUAGAGUGGGGGAUGUAUUACAGGUCACUGGGUUUUACAAUAUGGCACCUCAGUUCAGAUUCGUACGUAGAAAAAAUACGGUUCUAAGCGUCUAUGUAGAGCCAACGACUGAAGAUGAUGUAUUAAAGGCGUUGGCUCGUGCGACUAGCGUUCUUGAAUCUUCGAAUUUAAUGUUGGCGGGUUUCACAUGCUAUGCUGAUAUCUCCACUGUACCGGGUCACUACGUUAUUUACUUGGAGUUCAGAGCAAAAGUCAACAAGACCACUAGUGUUCUACCUCUUGAUAACAAGGUAUUGGUGGAAUGUUGUUGUGUCAUGGAGGAAUCAUUGAAUGGUGCUUAUAGGCUCUUCAGAAGCGAUAAUGAACAUAUUGGAGCACUAGAGCUAAGAGUGGUGCAACAAGGAACGUUUGAUUCUCUCAUGGAGUUCUUUGUCUCCCGUGGUUCUUCUGUAUCACAGUACAAGACACCUAUGUGCUUAAAAUCUGCCGAGGCGUUAAAGGUUCUAGAAGACAAGGUCCUUGCUCGGUUCUUCAGCGACAAGUCCCCUCCUAUCUGAUCACCUACUUGAAGAAAAAUGAAGCAGCAAAGUUAUUAGGUGAGUGUGGUUUAAGUUACUAAGUGCGGAGAAUUGUGUGGUUUUACUACGAGUGUUAUAUUUUUAAAUCUAUGAUUGGAGCG